CUGUAAGUCUGAAACAAAACACUCACACUGAACUGAUUUUUUUUCUCCUCUGGUUCUGAAAGAACUUUGAACAUCACGGGAGAAAGUUUCGGAAAAUGUGUAAAGGAUUAGCGGCUUUGCCCCAAACAUGUCUGGAGAGGGCUAAAGAGAUCAAGACUAAAUUAGGAACUCUGCUCCUGAAGCCUGAGAACGGCAUCGACCUGAUCAUCCCCUAUGCGGAGAAGGUGGAGAAGAAGCCGGAGAAGCUUCAGAAGCCAGCCUUUGAAGAAGCAGCGCAAUGGCGUGAAUCCCUGGACCGAGUCCUCAAAAACAGCUAUGGGCUGGCCACUUUCAGGAGCUUCCUGAGGUCUGAGUUCAGCGAGGAGAACAUUGAGUUCUGGGUGGCUUGCGAGGACUUCAAGAAGACCAAGUCCCCAGUGAAAAUGGCAAUUAAGGCCAAGAAGAUCUAUGAGGAGUUCAUUCAGACUGAGGCUCCCAGAGAGGUGAACAUUGACCAUUUCACCAAGGCUGUGACUCUGAGGAACCUGGUGGAGAUCUCCCCCAACACCUUUGACCUGGCCCAGAAGCGCGUCUACGCCCUCAUGGAAAGGGAUUCCUUUGGCAGGUUUCUGAGAUCUGACCAGUACCAGGAACUGAUCAAGUAAUCACUGAAGACAUCACAAGUGAUGCCCUGUGGUCAAGUUUAACACUGAGUGCUAAAACCUUUACGACAAAAUUCGAAUUUGAAUUUAAAAAGUAUCAAGAAAAGCACAAAUUAUUUAAUUGAAGCUCAGUAAAUAUUUUAUUAAUUGAAUAAUUGAGGAAUACAUUUUACAAACUACAAAAUACAUUUAAAUUCCUCCUUAAACACCAAAAAGUUCCUUAACAUUUAAAAAUAUCACCUGAAUGGAUAAAAAUAAACAAAUAAAUAAAAAUAAAGGGAUACCAAGUCUGUAGUACUAACAUUAGCUCUGGGCAUUUAUGUACAUCAUAGCCCAUAGCAUUAUAUGCAAUUAACCAAAGAUUUGAAACUUUUAUUGCCUGUUCCAUGUCCUGAAUUUCCAGGUUCAAUAUUGUAGACUCAAGUAAUAGUUCUCCCAAGUUUCGUAACCUACUUUUUAUCUUAGAUGCAAGUAGCUUCAUAUAGGACAAUCAGCCUUAUACUGUAGAACCAAGUGCAUUUUAACAUUGUGCAAUGACAAAGUACUUUGAGUCAAUUAUAGCCAAAAACAUCAGGUUCAGGUGCAGGUUCAGCACACAGGUUUAUUGUUGUUGAGACUUGAUGCUUUUAGCCAAAAAAAAAAACCAAACAAACUGAGUCAUAGCCGUUCCAAACCUCAUGUGUUUUUUGUUAAAUCCAGCUGGCACAGAUGAAAAGACAAACUAAUUUGUUAUGACUGCAUUCAGAGCUCACAGAAACACAAUCACAUGUUCUUACAUCAUACGCUCUGAAAACGAAAACAUGAAUUUGAAUUUGUCUACAUCAAAAACUCAAUGGAGCAUUUUUAUGAAGGGCGUAUGGACUAUAGGGGCGUGUCCCUAACAAUAUUGUGGGAGUAUCAUGUGUGGUCAGUGGAGCAAAGGGCUCAGUGCUGAUUGGGUCCCAACCGAUGUUUCAACCAAUCUUGCGCCCAGAGCCACAGCCAGCUAUGAGGUCAUCGAGGUCCGGACCUUGGUAAUUUUUUAAGAGCUAAAAUUAUCAUUUGAAGCUAAAUAUUCACCUGAAUAAAAAAUUAAGCUCACUAACGUUUCACAUAACUAAUUAAUUUAAGAAAAUAAACAGCUUAUAAAAGGGAUAGUAUCACUAUUUUUCAAACGCUGGCUACAGCCCUGAGAACACCAUUGCUUGUUAGACUUAAUAACUCACGCUGAAAGUAAACUUUUGCUUGAAUGUUUGUCACAAGUACAGUGGAGUACUGAACUAAUACUUUGUUCAAUUGUAACCAUGUCAGUGUAAGUUGCUAUGGUGGAAAUCACAAAGAGUGGAUCUCGGUAAAAAGUUGAACAGUGUUUCAGAGAGAUAAGUUAAAACCAUUAUGAUUAGCUGCAUAUUUGGGGGCUUCAGUGUAACCCCUCUACAGUAAAAGAGUACUGAGGACUUGGUGGGUUAAAGUUCAGUAAGGAACAUCAUCAAUUUUAAGGCAUGUGUUUAGAUGCUAAUUAAAUUAAUUCAACAUUCAAAUUAAGUAUAUUGUUCAUUUUUUUACCACACGUAUACUGUCACUAAACAAAGCCUUAUUUUAUUAGCAUAGUUAUUUUCACAAUAUCAUAAUGCACUUAUAUAAUAUUUGCAUCUAAUAUUGCACAAUAUUACUCUAGUAACCAUCAUUACUCUGGAGGAAAUUGUAUUAUCUCCAUAUAUUCCACUUUUAUUACAGAUAGCUGCAACCAAUAAUUGUGUCUGCCUAGUUGUAUUCUAUCGAAAACUAUGUUCUGGUUCUCUGUCCUGCCUGUUGUCAUACAGUACAAUGCUGUUAUCGUUACAUUUUUAUCAUGAGGUUUACAGCCUUAUAUAGCACUCAGAUAUUUAGCACUGUGCUAAGUCCUUAUCUUGUCCAAAGAUAAUUAGAAGCCACUGCAGGUCAGAUGAAGGAUGGAGCUUUUGUCUUUAUUCAAACUUUCUGCUUUUAAUUUUGCAACUUUUCUCCAUCUGAAAAUUAAAAAAAAAAAAAAAUCAACAUGACUUACUUCACUGCAGCAUGAGGAAUCUGGUGCUCAAUAGUGUUACUCACAAAUGUUCACAUUUUCUAAUUAAUACAAUUCAAUUUUUAAAAACGCGACCUCUAAGACCAUUCAUAAGGACUUACUGCCAGUGCAAAUAUUUCAUAUAUUUGGCAUAUAUAUAAAUAUAUAUAUGUGCAUGUAUUUCCUGUAGUUCACAAUAUAAAGAUGAAUUAAUACA